CACAGACAACUACAUUCUUAUCCAAACCUAGACCAGAUACGUACAUUCUGCAUCGCAACUCAGGCAAGCUUUUGAACUCUUGACCCGAACGAAGAGCUUAUCUCCUUCAUACGCAUGUUGCAGUAGUGCUAGUCUGACCCCGCAUCCGUUGGCGAACUGAGAUCCUGCUCACGGAAACUUCUCCAUACAUAAGAAAUCAGGUGGCUGAGAAGAAUUUUGCCCGUCAACAAUUUUGUUACUCUACGGACCUCUCCUUCUACUGGGAUUACUUUGCCCAGGAAUGGCCGAGAAAAGUGAAGUGAUACCGGUCAAUGCCAAUGCGCACGACGAUGAAACCCUCCGGAACAUGGUCCGAGAGAAGGUGAAAAGAGAUGUUACUCUCGACAAAGAAUGGGUUGUGGGCGCCAACCUCGAAAGUAUAGGCCCGUCAAUACCUGCACUGCUUCUUAAGAGAGACGCUGCAUGGGGUGCCGUCAGGGUCGAUACAAGUCCAGUAUUGAACGAGGUUUCAGGACCUGGAAUGGGCCCUGGAAUCUCUCUAAUACUUGUCAAACCGGGCGAGACCUGCAGGUUCUAUCAAAGCCCCUCAGUUCGCUACUUCCGGUACACCUGUUAAGUCCCGAGGGACUCGAAUGUGUUUGACCAACGCCUCACUUGCCCUCAGGGAAAGUUCAACCCUUGCUGUUCGUUCUGAGGAGGAGUCGAGCUCGAUAUCGAUCCAUGGCAAUGGCGAGCCGAAUAAGGGACAGAUCAGGUGCAACCUCGGCGAACCCACGUCACAUCCCUGGAGAAAGUCCAGCAGUUCGUUGAACUGGAUAUCGAUGACCGUGAGAGGUGGUUGAGCCGAGGAAGGGUCAUGCUUCGAUAUUUCUGUUCAUCUGUAUUAGCGAUGAAGCUUAUCUUUCAUCGAGAAGCGAGUUUUGAAUCUCAC